AUGGCAAUGGAUAGCGCGGAACUCUCUCAACGGGACACGGCGGUGUUGGGUGGUGGACUUUUUACACCUGCGGAGGGCAUGUGCACAAUUCUCGGGCCGCUUGAGGCUGGGGAAACAUACGCGCGUGAAAUCCUGCGGAGGCAGUGGUUCCGUGGUUUUUCUGCGCUUAAAGCAAAGUCAGAUUUGGAGGAGGCUGGGAUGGCGAUGUUGAGGAAACACGGACUGGGCGCGGAGGACCCGCAGGAGAGCGAUGGAGCGAAUGAACAGGAGGGGGAGGAGGAAGAAGAAGAGCUGCACCAGCGGCAGCGACACGUAGGAAUGGCGGCAGAGAGGUAUAAACAGGAACGAAAACGAGGAGAGUUGCUCUACGAAGAACGCAAGGAGCGACAGGAGAUGGAGUGGGAGGAAUUUGAAGGCAUCUCCGGGCUACAGCUGCAGAUGGAGGAGAAUUUGAGUCGUCUGGCGCAGGAGGAGGAAUCCAUGGCAAUGCUGCAGCUUAUCCACGAUGUGAUGAAGCCAAGAUUUCGUCAGCGAUACAUCUUUGCGUGGGGGAUUGUCACAGCUGUGGCGCAUCCACCCCCAUGGAGCGAGUUGGAUCGCAUCCGAUGCAGCCAACGCCACAAACCCGUCUACAUGCGUUUCCCACCGCUCACGUGCCAAAUUCCCAUUGAACCGAAUCCAUUCUGGAAUUCAUUGGAGUCCUACACUGAGCCCGCCGGUUUGAUUCGGAUGUGA